UUAAUGAAAAAUAUCAUUUUUUUAAUAAUCUUUCAAAACUUUAUUUCUCUGCAGAGCCUGUGAUAUCCAAUAAUUACUCCAUUCAAGUUAACCGAGAGUUGAAAAUCCCACCGAAUAUUUGUGGCAUUGUGCCUUGUAAAUUCAUGGCUGAUGGUAGAGAGAAAUUUGUCAAUUCAAAAGGAUAUUGGAAGAAAGGGUCUGAGAUAGUGGCUUCUACUGACAUGUCAAUAGGGACAAAGAAGAACUUUCAUGCCAUCGGAAACCCUAACGAUGGUGACUGCACAUUGAAAAUCUCCAACGUCGGGAGGGAAGAUAUUGGAACUUACUACUUCAGAUUUGAGGAAAGCAAAAACUCAAUUCAAUAUAAUUAUUCAGAUACACCAGUAAAGGUAGAGGUAACAGAGAUGACACGAGUACCUGGCUAUUCUAUUCAAGUGAAUCAGACUGUCACUGUCCAGAAGGGUCUUUGUGUCACUAUUCCUUGUACAUUUACUGCUGAUCACACAAAAUCCUUCAACAUCUCUAGAGGUUACUGGAAAUCGAUAUGCCGUGAAUAUGUAGCCUCUAGUGACAAGUCAAUUAAUGGCACAAAGCCCCAUUUUCAGCUGACGGGAAAUCCAAAUAAUGGAGAUUGCACAUUAAUGAUAACAGGCGCCAAAGAGCAAGAUUCUGGAAAGUAUUACUUCAGAUUUGAAGAUGGGAAAGUCAACAGGCGGAAGUACAGCUAUAUAUUCAAUAUGAUAACAAUAAAUGUCACAUGUAGGUUUGCUUCCCAUAAAUGUCCACAGUUCCCUCUAAAGGUGUUCCUGUACUGA